UAUGCCUUCAAUUGUUUCAAACAACUUACGGGAUAGAGCAAUCAAAGACGUUCUAGACUUCUAUCGUUCUAACCCUGAAAUCAGUGUUAGGUUUUUUGGUGAUUACUAUCCAUUUCUUCUAACUAGUCCAUCAUUUGUACCAAUCUUUUUUCAUAAUCUGACAUAUGACAGUCACUUCUUAAUUCGAGAACUUGGGUGUAACGAUAAAGAUAUUCAUGUUAUACCUAAUUCAUCUGAAAAAUAUAUAUCAUUUAGUAAAGAAAUCGCACCAAAAUUUAGUAUAAAGUUUGUUGACACAUACCGUUUUAUGGCUAAAAAAUUAAGUAAACAAGCAAAAAAUUCAUCCGAAGAUAAGUUGAGGUUUAGAGAAACUAUUAAAGUAUUAGAUCUAGUUACUCGAAAAGGAGUCUUUCCGUAUGAGUGUGUUGAUAGUUGGAAUAAACUAGAUGAUUCUUUUUUACCUUCAAAGCUUGAAUUGUAUAGCUCUUUAACCAAUGAAAAUAUUACUGAUGACGAUUAUAUACAUGCGAAAAAUGUAUGGAACUUGUUUAAUAUAAAGACAUUGGGUGAAUAUAGCGAUUAUUAUUUAAAAACUGAUGUUGCUAUACUAGCUGACGUGUUUGAAAAUUUUAGAGACCUAUGUUUAUCUACUCUUGAGUUAGAUCCUGCUCAUUAUAUGACAGCUCCAGGAUUUGCUUAUGAUUGUAUGCUUAAAUAUACUAAGAUCGAAUUAGAAAGAUUAAAAUGUCCUAAUAUGCUUUUGUUUAUCCAGAAUUCAAUUCGUGGUGGGAUAACUCAAUCAACUAAAAGGUUUGCUAAAGCAAAUAUACCAAAUAUUGAAGGAUUGAAUUAUAAUUCUAACGAACCGAUUACAUGGCUAACAUAUCUUGAUUGUGUAAAUUUAUAUGGAAAAUCUAUGUUGACAGAAUUACCUUUUAAAGCUUUUGAAUGUGUUGAUGACUUAAACAUAGACGUAACUAAAAUUGCAGAUGAUUCUGAAGUUGGAUACAUAUUAGAAGUUGAUAUCGACUACCCAAAACAUUUACAUAAGACUCAUAAUGAUUUCCCGUUUUUACCAUUGAACGAAUGUCCACCAAAUUCUAAAGUUAAGAAAUUGUUAACUACACUAUUACCGAAAAAAAACUAUAUUGUUCAUUAUAAAAAUUUAAAAAAAGUGAUUUCACACAGUCUUACACUUGUAAAAAUUCAUCGAGCUAUUCGCUUUUCUCAAAAGAAAUGGAUGGCAUCAUACAUUAAAUUCUGUACUAAAAUGAGAACAGAAGCUAAAAACGAGUUUGAAAAAGAAUUCUGGAAGCUUUUAGUUAAUAGUGUUUUUGGAAAGUGUAUGGAGAAUGUCCGAACAAGAACUUCUAUAAAACUGGUUUCGUCAGAAAAAAAAGCUAAUAAAUUAUUGGCAAAAACUAAUUUUAAGGAUAGAACUAUAUACUCUAAGAAUCUUAUGGCUAUUUAUCAACAUAAGGAAACUAUUAAAUUCGAUAAGGCAAUUUAUGUAGGAUCUGCAAUUUUAGACUUUUCGAAAACUUUUAUGUAUGAUUUUCAUUAUAAUGUAAUUAAAAAGAAAUAUGGUAGAACAAUUAGUUCUUUAUAUUCGGAUACAGAUUCCUUGAAAUAUGCUAUUCAAACAGUAAAUUUUUUCGAUGAUUUAAAAAAUGAUUUAUUAUCAUAUUUUGACACAUCUAAUUAUCCUAAAGACCAUUAUUGCUUUAGUGAAAUUCAUAAAAGCCAACCAGGAUUCUUCAAGGACGAACUUAAAUCAAUAAUUCUUUAA